GUCUACCUCGCGUGUGUGCCUUGCGUUCGUGUGCGCGUAAAAGAGGUGGCGAGUGCGCAGAGCUAGAUUGAACCAGAGCGGCCAGACCGGAGCAGAGCAGAGCGGAGCGGAGCGUACGGAGCGGUGGGACGCGACACACCGAGGGAUACGCGCAGGGGGGUUUUCGGAGCAUCUUUUCGGGGGGACAUUGGAAGGAUACGACGGGAUACGGGGGAGGGCAGCUAUGAAAUUCAUCCAGGCGUUUUGUUUGUUGCUUAUGUUCCCGGCUUUGAGCACCAACACCCGACAGAGCUCUGAAGACCUGGAGAAGAAGCUGAAGGAGGUGUUCAGUGAGAGAACCAGCCUCCUGCACCAGCUCUCCAAGACCUCCAAAGAACUGGACAGCCUCAAGGGCAACCUACAGUCUCUGAAAAAUGAUGAUUCUGUGGCCAAGAAGGAUGUGCAGAGGAUCCUGGAGCUGAGUCACAAGCAGAGGGAUGAGAUGAAGUCCCUCCAGGUGGCGCUACAGAAACAGCUGGAUGAGGCCAAUGAGAGAGCGGACAAACAACAGGAUACGAUCAAAUUCCUCAAAGUGGAAAUGGAGAAGAAAACGAAAAUCAUCAAAGAUCUUCAACAGGAGAACAAGAGCCUGAAGAACAAGCUCCUCUCUGGGAAUAAGCUGUGUGACGCCUACGCUGAAGAGUCCAAAAAAAUCCAGGCUCAGCUGAAAGAACUGCGCUACGGGAAAAAGGAUUUAAUUUUUAAGGGGCAGCAGCUCAUGGACCUGGAACAGAAACUGACAGCAGCCAAAGAAGAACUGGAGAAGACUGCUCUGGAUAAGGAGUCUCAGCUAAAGGCACUGAAAGACACAGUUCACAUCUGUUUCUCGGCUGUUCUCCACAACAACAACCAGGCUGGCAGCCCGCAUUUCCCUAGCAACCCCAGCGCUCUGUUCAGAUACUCGCCCCUCCUCAACAGCUCCAGGGUCACCUUCCAGCAGCCACACGCAAAGGACAUUUCCAAAGUUCAGAGAAUUGUCACGGGUACAAAGUCAGCAGCUAACACAGCACGGAGAGAGGAGGCGGCGGUACCACAGUGUCCCAGGCAGGAUGGGAGCGAGUGUGGGCACAACCAGCCAGAGCAGCCAGCUGGAGAGAGGAAAAAGCAAACGGACACAGAGGAGCAGAGGAGCGCAGAGCCAAGAGGGACAGCCUCAGCAAAGCAUUCAGAUGUGGAUUUGGAGGAGCAGACGGAAAUCAAAAACACAAAGACACACAAAUACAACUGAGAAGGACCAACAAACCCAUGCACAACUCCGGCCCUGGCUGAAGAUGUCCCAAGAGCACACCACACACUGAUACAUUCACACACAGACACACACACACACAGCAGUUCUGACAGACCGGGGAAGGGCAUCUGGGUUUGGUCUACGACAUUGGGCAAGCAAAGAUUCGGAUUUUGACCACAAUGUAAACGCACACCUUUUUAAAUAUUCAACGCACACAAAAGACGUAUGGUAAGAUGUAGGUCAUGCUCCUCCACAGUCGCUUUUCCAGAGAUGACCUGUAUCGAGGGAGAAAAUGCAAUCUCAGGCAAAAACAAGACGACAAACACAGGUGUUAAUAGAACAUAAUCAUUUCUUACCAAACACUGACCUGAUCUCGUGACUAACAGUUGCAUUCCCAGAGAUGACCACAUAAAGUUUGAGGCGAUGCAUAGCAAAACAAACCUAGAGCACGUUAGCAAUAGCCGUUUCGUGUUUAUUGAGACACGGCACUCACUUCAAAAUAAAAAAAACUAAAAACAUUGUAUAUCCAGUGCAGAAUGGGUCUAACAUCAGCAAAACUCAGUGUGUUCUAAAGAGGGACAUUAAAACGAGGUAAAGAGGUGGAGAGUAGUGAAAUAAAUGCUAAAAAGCGUGCGAUAAACCGUAAGUACCGCACUAGAAUUUCUUGGAAUCAAAACAACUUUCUAACUAGCCUUGUUAGUUUGCACUGUGUGAAGUUAAUUUGUUUGUUUCUCUGAUUGGUUACUUAAACUGUCGAUCUUCUGCGCAUCAAAAUCAAAAAGUUUCAAGUGAAGAUGAGCUUUGGGUAAUGACUUAAUGACAAGAUCGGAGAUGCAAGAGGUCGUAAUGACGUUCCUCCGCAGGGUGGCUGGGCGUUUACUUAGGUGACUCGGGCAUUACCCUGGACACGCUGGAGGGAUUAUGUCUCUCGGCUUUCCUGGGAAUGCCUUGGAAGUCCCCGGAAGAAGUCUCAAGGAAGUCUGUGUGGAGAGGGAGGUUUGGGUGUCCCUGUUCAGACUGCCUCUGUCGCCCAUCCCCGGAUAAAGCGGAAAAAAGUUGAUCAAAUAUAGAAUAAAGAAAAUAACGAGUGAAGCCGACCCCAAGCUAAAUAUACCAAGCAAUAGAUUUGCCUGUUGACUGAAAACGUCUUAUCAGUACCACACAAACUCUUCCGUGUCAAAGUGUCCGAGCUGUUGACCAAACCUGAAGCCCCUGACCCUGAGCUGGCAGCACACAUACAGACACACAUGGAGCACUGUCUGAAAUGACUGGACUGAACACGUUCACAGUAAAAAAGGCAUGCGUUCUAGAAGUUCUUUUUACGGUAGCUCUGGUCUCCUGUUUGAACCUUGAUUUGUCGUUUCUUGAGUUUUUCUUCUACGUGAGGACACUGCUUUCUAAAUGUGUGAUCUUUCUAGAAAACCCCUUUGCACUGGUGAGCCCUGACUCUGUAUCUGUGACGAGUGUAUGAACUGACUAUGUAAAAUAUUCUUAUUAAUACUACUACUCUCCCCAACUUAGAGCAUUGUUUCUCACUCAUCCUAGCCUGGUUGAUUUACUCCACAUUUUUAAUAUAGAGGCUCAAGUUGGCUGGCCAACUCACGCUUACACUUUUCCUCUGCGGCUUUGGCUCAGUUUCUCACAAUCUAAUUCACAUGUGUUAAAGCAGAACUAAGUAACUUUCAGUGAGUGCUCCCCCUGCAGCCCUCCUACACUGUCAGGGAACAGACUCAAAAGCAUUUUCUUUCUUUUUUUAUUGAAAUAAGACAGUAUAAUCAUAUACAAAAACAUAUAACAUUACUAAAUAUUUAAAAAGAGCCAGGAUUUCUGAGGUUAGGGUUGUGUCGGUCAUAUUGCCAGGCUGGUUUUCCGCACAGAAACAGUGGGAGGAGACAACAGACAUUUCAAACAUCCCGAAAAUACACAUUUAACCAUCACAGAGACUUACAACAAGGUUUAAAAUGGGUAAAAUGUUACUUAGUUCUGCUUUAACAAGGUAAAACUCUGGAUCAUGGAAAUGUAAUUGUUCGUCAAAUGUUGGUCAGUUUGUAAAUAACACAUUUUUUGUAAUAGUCACUGGCAGGAAUUAGAAGGUUAUACUUUUAAGGGUUACAGUUAAGAUAAUUGCAAAAGUCACAUUAAGUGUUAGGACAAACACACUAUAACUGAAUUCCUGUUACUAUAAGUUCUCUAUUAUAUUAUAUAAGAGAUGGUCUCUUCUCAGAGAACCAUAGUUACAGACUGUUAUUGUAACAACUAACUGCAUUAAAGGGAUCUCUACGUUAGUUAAACUAAUUAAUGAAAUGAUGUGUAUUUUUAUUUAACUAUAGAAAAGUACCACUGUUCCCAGCAGAGGGUGCAAAUACCUGUGAAAGAGCAAAACCACUUAAAUUACAACAUAAAAACCGGUUUGCUGGGUAGUGAAUGCAACUCUACACCAGAAAUUCUUUCAGUGAAGAGAAAGUGAGGAGCACCCUGGAGUACAAGCUCAUGACAUCAUGCAGUGGGAUGAAGUGAAUUCUGUAGAGGGAGACACUAAAUAUGCAGGAUAAACAAAUCCAUCUGCAGGUAUAUGCUUUUGGACGAGAAACUAUUUCACAGCACGGUUAGCUCCACAAAGCCAGUUUUAUGGAAUAUAAGUCAUUUAGAACCAUUAAUGACCAGUUAACAAGUGAAAUCCUGGGCCUUUUACCUCAUGUAGAUAUCCCUGGCUGCAGUGGGUUGUCAGUUGUGUACUCUCUCCUCCUCCGGGAGCUGAGCCAAAGCCUGGGUAAAGGUGUGUUAGUUGCAUCCCUCUGCCUGUGCACAGAGGCACAGAGCCCAGACUCACAGUGGGUCGUCUCCUGAGAACGUGCCAUGCACUGAGUAGUCCCUCCUGCUACAUGUCCUCUGUCCUCUGUCCCUCUCCUCUGUGUCCUUUCAAUAAAGUCCACUUUUCAGGG